AUGGAGCCACUCAUCAAAAAUCCUAUGAUAUCUGGCAAAUUUGGGCCACGGUCGGACUGUGUUGACCAAGAUAACAACAACUGGAAGCCAGGCGUUCUCAGACGUUUUCCCUGGCUUGGAGUCAUCCCGUUGAUAUUGAGUAUCUGUUGCACAGGACUUGCCAUUGGAGUCGUUCUUGAGAGCAGUGGUCAGCCAGAGGCGGAUUGGUCUGGACUCAAGCAACCAGUAGUGACUAUCAUUGUGACUGUUACGGGCCUCCUGGGCGGUCCUCUGAUGCAAAGAGCCUCCUAUGUCCAGAUCGUGGAUGUGUCUCGUAACGGCACCGUCGAUCUUCAAGUAGAGCACAAUAUCAGCGAUACUCGGGGAGGUACGGUAGACGGGCGGAACACCAGAAACGUGAUGUUCACUUCAGAAUUUGCACAAGUAACCCGGGAUUUCCAAGCUAAAACCCCCAUUCACAUUGAAGGGGCCUCGUGUGAGAAUUGCACGUUGACUGUCAAGGCCUUCGGGUUCGAUGUUGAUCACUGUGAAGAGCUGACUUCUUCACCAACAAAGUAUAACCUUACGAUUGGCAUGGAGACGAUCGGAAACGUAUCACGCAUCUUCGAGUCCGCGAUCAAUAUCUGGCUGGAAGAUGAAUCCUUUACCGCGCUCAACAUUUCCACAAAACGCAAAGCGUCCUCGGACGGUGGUAAUGACGCGUAUCCAGAAGAAUGUUCCGGCAAGCUAGUAGGCCAAACUUGCAUCCUUGUACCCUCCAUAGUGGCCUACAAUCUCUCAAUCAGGGGAGGAAAGGCAUCCUUUCAGACAGACAGCUGGAAAGAUGAUCGUGUUCUGGAGCAUAUAAAUUUGACAUGGCCCAGAUCGAAUAUGGGUGCGAGUAUAAAUAUCCUGCCUCUCCAGGUCUUUGGAUCAACCCUCUUCAACUCAAUUGCCGAGGUGUGGUGGUCAGGCGCAGUGGGCUGGACAACAAAGGCCGACGGACUUACAGCCAACUUAUACACAGGAAACUGGUCCGCGGCUCCGUUUCCAUGCAAUCAAUUCUAUCUAGACCCCAUGGACGACAUAAUCAACAGCUACCGCGAACUGGCAUUCCGCAUUUCUGUCCACGCAGCCAAUAACCCUGGGCAUGACUCCCAGGGCGUCCCGCUCCCACGUGAAGCACAAAAGGGGAUUCCGUAUACAAGUCACCUCACACAACUCCAGUACGCCGCCAAUAUCCCGGCACUGCUCCUCGCAGUAACCGUCAGCCUCGCCGGACCGCUGGCUACCAUGGUCCUGCUAUGGGGGUGGUGGAGACUAGGCAGGAGUUUCUCCAUGAGUCCGCUGGAACUCGCCAAUGCUUACCUGGGUUACAAUGGCGGCGGCGACGUUACUACUAUGCAACAGGAGAACGAAGCAGGUGGAAUGGACGGUCUCUUUGUAGGUUGCAAUAGUAACGCUUCAGCUGAUGAACUGGUCGAUCACUUCCGUCACAAAGGGAAGAGCUCCGGAGGAGGAGGAGGAGAACCAAAGAUACAGUAUGGUGUUGUUCACGGUGGAAGCGGUCGUCUUUCUUUUGCUGUUGUAGAGGGCUUGGAGAUGGGCGCUGCUGGUCAUCAGCCGAAGGAAGAGAGUUUGUUGCAGUGA